AUGUCGUCCUCAACGCAGCCGCUGACCUGGCUCAUCACAGGCGCCUCAUCAGGCAUCGGCCUGGCAAUUUGCAUAGCGGCGCUCGCAGCAGGGCACAAGGUCGCGGGCGCGACGCGUGACGUCGCCAAGGCCAGCGCCGCGAACCCGGACUUUGCGGCCCGGGGCGGCAUCUGGGUGACCAUCGACCCCGGGCACGCGGACUCGGCGGCUGCGUUCGCCGCGGCCGACAGGGAGCUCGGUGGCGUCGACGUGCUGGUCAAUAAUGCCGGGUAUUGGUAUAUUGCGGGCGUGGAAGAUAUUAGUGAACCGCUCCUCCGCCAGCAGAUGGAGGUCAACUUUUUCGGCCCGGUGCGCGGCGGAAAUAGCUUCACAGGCCGCGCCAGCCAAGGUGCGUAUGAUGCAAGUAAAUGGGCCUCCGAGGCGAUGCACGAGGUGCUCAGCCGCGAGAUAGGGGGCGAGAUAGGUUCCAAGCUCGGGAUUAAGGUGCUCAUCGUCGAGCCGGGCGGGUUCCGCACCACGUUCACCUCACGGGGGAUCGUGGACCUUCUCAAUGAAGCAUACAAGGGCACGGAGCUCGACAAGGCGAUCACACUGGUGUCGAACUUCGACGAAGACGGCUUGGACAAGUACUUCCGAGGAGAUACUGCCAAGGCCGCGCGGGCUAUAAUUGAUGCUAUUGUUGACGGGCAUGAUGGGUACCUGCGCUUGGUGCUGGGUCCGGACUGUCUUGCUGCGAUGGAACAGAAGAUAGCCGAGUUGCAGCGGGAUAUAGAUGCUACGCGAGAGGCCGCUUUGUCUACCAACUUGGACGGUGCUUAG